AACAUCAUUACCCAAUCGAAAUCCAACAUUGGAUUUGCCUAUCUAAAUCCACAAACUACUCACUCACUUUCUCCUAUAUUCUUGUUUCAUUAUUUUGCAACUUUGUCACUCACCAUUCAUUACACAACUCAAAGAGAAAAAAUAAUGGGUUGCAACACAUUGAUGAGUUCUAUUGCAAUCUCAGCUUUUCCAUCACUUCUUUCUUCAUCAAAAUCAAGAUUUGCAACUUCUCUUCCAAUUCCAAAUGUUGCAUCUUCUUCAAGAUUCAAUAUGACUGCUGAUAAUUGGAUGCCUGGUCAGCCUAGACCUCCUUAUCUUGAUGGCUCAGCUCCUGGUGACUUUGGAUUUGACCCUCUUCGUCUUGGUGAAGUGCCAGAGAAUCUUGAGAGAUUCAAAGAGUCAGAACUGAUUCACUGCAGAUGGGCCAUGCUUGCUGUUCCAGGGAUUUUGAUACCAGAGGCAUUAGGGUUAGGAAAUUGGGUAAAAGCUCAGGAAUGGGCAGCAGUCCCUGGAGGACAAGCAACAUACCUAGGGAACCCUGUUCCAUGGGGCACCCUACCCACCAUUUUGGUCAUUGAAUUCCUUGCUAUUGCAUUUGUUGAACACCAAAGGAGUAUGGAGAAAGACCCUGAAAAGAAGAAAUACCCUGGUGGUGCUUUUGAUCCUUUGGGAUACUCUAAAGACCCUAAAAAGUUCCAUCAAUACAAAAUUAAAGAAGUUAAGAAUGGACGUCUUGCAUUGUUGGCUUUUGUUGGAAUAUGUGUUCAACAAUCAGCUUAUCCAGGGACUGGACCUUUGGAGAAUUUGGCUACUCACUUGGCUGAUCCAUGGCACAACAACAUUGGAAAUAUCCUUAUUCCACCACAAUAAAUUUCUCCAUCAAAAUUUAUCAAUCUUUCUUAUAUUAGCAGCUACAUGUAAAACUCCACCCAAUAUAUUUUGUAAUGAAUCAUAUCACUAUGUUUGUAUCCUUGUCUUUGUAAUUAUACUUUUAAAUAUUAAUACUCGUUUGGUAUCAAAGGAA